AUGAAUUAUCCUAUCCCUAUAGCAGUACCUCAUAGCAAGGUCAGUCCUACUUCCCCGAGCGACCCACAUGCAGGCAUCCCAACAUUCCCGGUGCCACAACACUAUUAUCCUCUCGUUGCUGCAUGGUAUAGACCUAUGUUCUGGUCCUCUCCUUUCAUAUUGACCUCCACCUUGGCAUCCAGCAUCGCUUUAAUCGGAAGCAAUGCCUGCGUUCUGGUCCUUUCCUUCUAUAUUCAGCACUACUUCAGCAUCCAUCAACGCUUUAAUUACUUCGAUUUGUCCUCUACGGAUUUCAUAAUGAAAUAUCCUAUCCCUACUGCAGUACCACGCAGCAAGAUCAGUCGUACUUCCCAGAAGGGCACACAUGGAGACGUCGCAACAUUCCCCGUGCCACAACAGUAUCAUCCUCUCGUUGCUGCAUGGUAUAGACCUAUGUUCUGGUCCUCUCCUUUCAUAUUGACCUCCACCUUGGCAUCCAGCAUCGCUUUAAUCGGAAGCAAUGUGAAAAGGCGAAGACAAUGGCCUGCGUUCUGGUCCUUUCCUUCUAUAUUCAGCAUCCAUCAACGCUUUAAUUACUUCGAUUUGUCUUCUACGGAUUUCAUAAUGAAAUAUCCUAUCCCUAUUGCAGUACCACAGAGCAAGAUCAGUCGUACUUCCAGAAGGGCACACAUGGAGGCGUCGCAGCAUUCCUGGUGCCACAACACUAUUAUCCUCUCGUUGCUGCAUGGUAUAGACCUAUGUUCUGGUCCUCUCCUUUCGUAUCGACCUCCACCUUGGCAUCCAGCAUCGCUUUAA